UUAAACACCGGACAUAUUUCUUUUUUUUACAGCGUGCUUGCUUUCACUUUCAAUGUUUUGAUAACGUCCGUUGUUGACAGCAAAUACGCGACUAUUGCAUUUGGAAACGGAUACAUUACCAUUGAAGGAAUAUAACUUCAAGUCACAUUAGAUAUUCGUGUGAUAAUAUGCAAGAAAUGCCGGAAUCACAGCCGUCUAAAUGUGAGGUGGAGCGGAAUCACGAAUGCAUGAUCCUACAACAAAGAAUAGAGACGGCUUGCAUUGGCAAUAAUAGAACAAUGAAGAUGGAGAUGGAUGUAUUUAACCCUCCCCACACUGCAGAGAUCCAGUUCCUCAGGUCGCGUGUUCGGGAACUGGAGAAAGAGAAGGCCGAAAUGGCGGCUGAAAACCAACGGCUACAUAACAUGCUAGUGAAGGAGAUCCCUGGCCUGCUGUCCACCAUGUGGCAGACCUUGGGCCAAGCCAACCAGCCCCCCCACCCUGCAGUGUCCCCACAGGCGGUCUCUACGGCAACAGGGAGGGGCGAGAGCUACACAUACACACACCACCACUCCAUGUCAGGACACUUUGGCCAAGGGUUCAGUUCUCCACUCCAUCAUCAGCCCAUGUCCAACCGCUCAGCUAUAACUCAGGACAACAUGAAUGAAAGCAUGUCCAACUUUGGACCCGACAUGGCCAUCAGUGAGGACGGAGACUUGGAGCUGAGUGACAUCACAGAGAACGACGACCCCCACAGCUCUCUGUGUGGCUCAGCAUCCAACCUACCUGUGAUGAGGACAUGCUCAGAGACACACUGUGUUAAUGGGACUGGCCAUGUAAACCAGGUGGAGGUAUAUCCGGGUUCCGGUGUCUUCUGUGAAAUGCGGUCCUGGCAUGCAGCCAAUCAGACGCAGUCUCCCACGGCGAUGGCGCGCACCCUGUUGCUGGGCGUGUUCGACAUGGACACCCUGCUUAACAGCAACCUGCGAGGGGGGAGGAGCCGCAGACCAACGUUCCCCAACCACCGCACCGCCCUGGACCCACACAAGCUCAACGCCAUCUAUAAUGCCACGCUGGCCCGCUUCCCAUUGGCCAGGAAGGGGCAAAUUGGCACCGGCAUCAACUCCAAGCUGUCUGAGAUCCGGUUCCGAUCCAGGAGAGCCAACCGGGACCCCAGUUAUCUAUGAAGGACUGUUCCUGCCCAAACGCCAAGUUUUAUUCAAUCAACAUUUUUGUUCUAGUUUUUUUUUUCAAUCACAUUAACUGUGUCAGUGUAUCAGUGCAUGUGCCUGCCGAAUGUCUUGCCUAUGAAUUUUUCCACAUUGGCUUUAACAUUGUCUUCAGCUAGAGAUACUGAGGAAGAGAAUGGCAAAGUUACUCAAAAGACAGCCUAAUGAUAGAGGAAGGAUUCAAGACCAGUGGAAAAAGGCUGCAGAAGAACUGGCUUUGAUGGUUAUAUCCACCCUCUGUCACCGGCCAACCAUUAGCAAACCACACGGGAACAGCCCCCGGGGUAUUCUCUCUGACUGAUAGAGAUGCAUAGAUCCAGGACUGCUGACCCACGUGUGAUCAACCAGUGGAGGAACGGAGGCUUCAGUCACGUCUCACCAGACAGACGCCUCUCUGUCGUUGACCUCUACCCACUUAGACAGAGGAGGCGGGGGGG